UGUUUUCACACAGAUGUCGCGAUGAGUUAGUUAAAUAAAUGCAGAUGGCCGAUAAUUGUGUCAUACGUGAACGACAGUAGAAAAAAGUAGAAAGAACACCGGCAAGAUUUUUCCGUUUUUGAUUGAUAUAAUUUUUAUUGUGAAGAAGAACAUUUAACCGUAUUGUAAUUAUGGCUGCAUUUGAGGAAAUGGGUGUCCUUCCAGAAAUUGCAAAGGCAGUUGAUGAAAUGGAGUGGACAUUACCAACAGAUGUACAGUCUGAAGCAAUACCAUUAAUUUUGGGUGGUGGAGAUGUAUUAAUGGCUGCAGAAACUGGCAGUGGAAAGACUGGUGCUUUCUGUUUACCUGUUAUACAAAUAGUAUGGGAAACACUGAACGAUUUAGAAUCUGGAAAAGCAACUACUACUUCAGGAGGAGCAGCCCCACCAUCUUCUACGAAUUGGUUACUAAGUUUAUUUGAUAGAGGUAGAGCAUUAGCAGUAACUCCAGAUGGUUUAAGAUGUCAAAGUCGCGAACAGAAAGAAUGGCAUGGUUGUCGAGCAAACAAAGGAGUUCAUGGAAGUAAGAAGUUCUUUUAUGAAGCUACUGUAACCGAUGAAGGGUUGUGCCGCGUUGGUUGGUCUACAGGCCAAGCUUCCUUAGAUUUAGGAACAGACAAAAAUGGUUUUGGUUUUGGUGGAACUGGGAAAAAGUCAAAUGCAAGACAAUUUGAUGAUUAUGGAGAGGCCUUUGGCAUGCAUGAUGUAAUUGGAUGCUACUUGGAUUUAGUAAAGGGUGAAAUCAGUUUCACAAAAAAUGGUGCAAAACUAGGAGUAGCAUUCACUUUGAAUGCACAACAAAAAUCACAGACCUAUUAUCCAGCUGUGGUCUUGAAAAAUGCUGAAAUGUCGUUUAAUUUUGGAGCACAACCAUUUAAACAUCCACCCUCUAAUGAUUUUAUAGCUGUUGCUUCUGCUCCUAAAGAAUGUGUUAGGGAAAAUCCAACAAAUAGUAGUUCAACUAGAAGUAAAGAAGAUGGUAAGCCAAAAUGUAAUGCUCCUCAAGCUAUAAUCAUUGAACCAUCUAGAGAACUUGCAGAACAAACAUAUAAUCAAAUACAAAAAUUUAAAAAGUAUCUGAAAGAUCCUAUCAUCAGAGAAUUGUUAGUUAUCGGUGGAAUUAGCGUAAAAGAACAAAUAUCCGCAUUAAAUUCUGGUGUAGAUAUAGUAGUUGGAACACCAGGACGUUUAGAAGACUUAAUACAAGGCGGCUAUAUGUCGUUAACACAUUGCAGAUUCUUCAUUUUGGAUGAAGCUGAUGGUCUACUCAAACAGGGUUAUAGUGCAUUAAUUGAUGGCUUGCAUAAACAGAUACCUAAGAUUACGUCAGAUGGAAAACGAUUGCAGAUGAUAGUGUGUUCAGCUACACUGCAUUCAUUUGAAGUAAAAAAUAUGGCUGGACGAUUGAUGCAUUUCCCGACAUGGGUAGAUUUGAAAGGUGAGGAUGCAGUACCCGAAACAGUGCAUCAUGUUGUUGUAAUGGUGGAUCCUCAAAAAGAUAGGUCUUGGCAGAACUUAAGAAAACACAUACCAACCGACGGUGUGCACGAAAGAGAUAAACUUGGUGGCAACAAUCCCGAGACAUUUUCGGAGGCUGUGAAGAUGUUAAAGGGAGAAUACUGUGUUCGUGCUAUCAAAGAACACAAUAUGGACAGAGCUCUGCUUUUCUGUAGAACAAAGUUAGACUGCGACAACUUGGAACGAUACCUAAAGCAAACUGGAGGAAAUCAAUUUUCAUGCGUGUGUCUUCAUGGCGACAGGAAACCCCAGGAACGUAAAGCCAACUUGGAGAAGUUCAAGAAACAAGAAGUGAAAUUUUUAAUUUGCACUGACGUCGCAGCUAGAGGACUGGAUAUCACGGGGUUACCUUUCAUGGUUAAUAUCACACUGCCUGACGAGAAAUCAAACUACGUGCACCGCAUAGGUAGAGUUGGCAGGGCUGAAAGAAUGGGUCUGGCCAUUUCACUGGUCAGCAAAGUACCUGAGAAGGUUUGGUACCAUGGUGAAUGGUGUCCUUCUCGUGGAAGAAAUUGCCACAACACCACCCUCACCGAUCAGGGUGGUUGUUGCAUCUGGUAUAAUGAACCAAAUUAUUUAGCAGAGAUUGAAGAUCAUCUGAACGUAACGAUUCAGCAAGUGGGUCCUGACAUAAAAGUUCCUCUAAAUGACUUCGAUGGGAAAGUGACUUACGGAGAGAAAAGAGCUAACAUGGGUUCGAAUUACCAAAACCACGUGCAACAAAUGGCACCUUACGUGGCGCAGUUAUCGGAACUGGAAUCGAAAGCGCAACUGCUGUACUUAAAGAGACACAUGGCUGCCGCGGCAAACUAACUGGCAAUUAAAGGUUCCUAUCUGUAUCAAAAAUUAGCCGCUAAUCAACCGUUUAAUCUCCAAUAUAAUUCCUCAUACGCGAAUAUCCGACUAUUUAUAAACAACGUGUACUUUCAAGUAACAUAAGAAGUUUGUUACAAACAAUAUAAAAUCAUUCCUAGCAAAAACAUAUGAAUUUCAUGAUUUCUGUAAAAUAGUAUUUCCGUUUGUGUAUAUAAGACAUACGGCAAGUGUUUAUUGUAUCAUUAUAAUCUUCAUAAUUGUACCAUCGCUAUUUCAGUUACACAAAUGUAUAAUACAGUGGC